AUGUCUUUCUUGUACACCUCCUUCAUCCCUGAGGAAGCCAAGCUUGAGCAGAAUUUCCAGGGUUGUCUUACAUCGACUUUGAUAUCUGGCCACGGGCCAGACGGGCCCACCGUUAACGGGCCUGUGAGUAUGAUAUCGGGCCAGAUUGAGGUGGAGUUCGCAAGAUGCGAUUGCUGCGGGCUUACUGAGGAGUGCACCCUCACAUACAUAGAGACAAUUCGAGAAAGGUAUGGUGGCAAAUGGAUCUGCGGGCUUUGUGGAGAGGCCGUGAAGGAUGAAAUCUUGAGAUCACAGAAGCUGAUAAGCCCGGAUGAAGCACUGGCCCGACACAUUAGCUUCUGCGGCAAGUUUCGGGCCUCGGACCCUCCCGAGGACCCCACGGUGCAUCUAAUUCGGGCCAUGAAGCAGGUUCUGAGGAAGAGCCUGGAAAGCCCGAAAUCCAUUAAGUCCUUUCCAAGUAGCCCGACCAGCAGAAGAGGGCGCACUUUGAAGGGUCAGGUGUUCGCCCGAUCAGAGAGCUGCAUGCCGAGUUUGAGCCUUGUUGACUCGCCGGUUUACUGCCGGUUGGAUGAAGGUUGUGAAUGAGGGUGGAAGGUUAUAACGGUAAAUUUAGGGGGGAAAUGACUUGAAAAAUCAGGAGAGAUGGAUAGAUGAAUGCAGAAGUUAAUUUUUAAUGUCAUCAGUUUAUGUAAUAUUCCUCUUGUUGUGGAUUGAAGAUGGAAAUGUAACUUGAAGUUUCAAAGUUUAGUAACAGAAGUUCAAAAUUCAUGGAAAUUGGGUAAGCAGAAUAGAUAUUUUCUCUUUCCUUUUCUGUCUGGUUUUGUGAUGGGCCGUUCUAAACACUGGACUGAUAGACUCUUUAUAUGAAUAUGCAUAUUUUCUGCCGGAAAUAACCCUCGGCGGCCGUUCAUGGCCACCCCAUCUCCGCCAAUUCCUUGAAGAGGGAGAACUUUUUAGAGUGUGAUCCAUGUUUUCAUUUAACUGUUGAGUUUUUCUUUUUUUUGCUAUUGAACUUAAACACACGUAGGAAUGUAUGUAUGUAUGUCUG